UCAGUUCCUUCAGUCUCCUAUAAAUGAAGUAGCGGAGGGAGUUAUCCGGCCCUUCUCUGUCGCCUCUUCUCAUCUGUUUACUCCAAGUCCUCCGCUUCCUCCUUCGGUCUGCUACGAUCCCUCCUACGCAAUGCAUCUUCUCCCUGCAAGUGCAGAUCGCUCCACGAGUUAGGGUUUGGUUCUCGAACCCCUAUCGCACCGCUGCGAAACCCUAGGACCCUUCUCGCCUUCGAACCCCCUUUGAAGGCUCGAGUAACCUUUUUGGGACGCGGAAGCUUGUUUUGUUGCGUUCUUCUUCUUAGGUGGCGGGGCUGAUUCCGAUCCGCCCCUCAGGAUCGAAACCAGCUCGGUCGGUUCCAUGGAGACUGCUGCGGGUCUUAACAGAGCCAUUCCGGCGUCCUCCUCCAAUUCUUCAAGGAAGGAGUGGCGCGCCAUGCCGGACGUCCCCUAUCGGAGCAAUGGAGGCGAGGAGCUGGAGCAUGUUGAUACUACCCAAUCAGCCGAGAGAACAAUACAUGAGGUGCAGGUUGGUGUAGGGACGUACGAUGCAGGCUUCUGUUCAAUUACAAUUGAUAAUGGCGAUGAUAUGUUGCAGCGGAAGCUGCAAGAGAUCACAAGUUUGAGAGAACAGCUUCAGCAGAUGGAGAUUGAACUAGCUAGGGCAAUUGCCAGGUCUGAGAUGAUGGAAUUGCAGAAUAGUUUUGAAGUUAAGCUUAAGGAGCGGAUUGAUAGCAAUAACAACCUGAAGGAGCAACUUCAUGAAAGGGAACAACACAUACUUGAACUCGAGAGGAAAGUCGAAGAUAAAGACAGGGAGCUACGAACUAUGAAAAUUGACAGUGAAGCUGCAUGGGCUAAAGAGGACCUUCUUCGGGAGCAAAAUAAAGAAUUAGCCAGCUUCAGAAGGGAGCUUGAUAACACUGAAGCAGAAAGAGCACAACAUCUUAGCCAAAUUUGCGAUCUCCAAGAACACAUUCAAGGGAAAGACAGUCAAAUUCUUGCAUUGCAGGAGCAGAAUCAACUUGCACAAGAAACGAUUCAUUUUAAGGAUGAACAAUUGAGGGAGGCACACUCAUGGAUUUCACGUGUUCAAGAAAUGGAUGCUUUGCAUACCUCCACUAACCAGUCAUUGCAAGCUGAGCUACGAGAGCGCACUGAGCAGUUUAACCAAUGCUGGAUCGGUAUCCAACGACAGUUUGUUGAAAUGGAUCGCCAUCAUAUGCAAGUCAUACAACAACUUCAACUGGAGUUGUCUGAGGCAAGGGAAAGUGCUGGAAAAUACAAAGAUAACCAACAAGUUAAUCCUGCAAACUCCAUGGAUUCAUCUUCUUAUAAUGCAAACCAGAUUAAUGUAAAAGAUGACAUCAAAUCAAAUGCUCUGUUGGGGUUCAUAUCUGAUGCAAGUGUAGAUGGAACUACAGCGUAUAUUUCAACUUCAAAUUCUUCUUCUAAGAGUGAGCAUGGCCCUGGUGUUCCUCUCCUGCAAUCAUCUCUAAUUGGAACAAAUGGCUUCAUUUCUCCUGGACAAAUUGCCCCUGUGCAUUCUUAUGUGCUGAAUCCCUCAAGUGUUCCGGUCACUACGGCACUCACCAAUUCACAUAUUCCAAAAUCCCACAUGGAUCAUUAUCAAUCAAUGCCUACCAUUCCAAAUCAUCAACCAUUACAAAAACAGCUGGUACUGGCCCUUUCAGAUGUAUCUCAGACACCUAACCAGAGUAAGGGUUCAUCAAAUCAAACAGAGCACACUCUUAUAGGACCAGAUGCUCAUUAUAGCUUCAAUCUACAUGGUGAAAUACAGUCUGUCCUCCCGGAGAAUCUUAGCAGCCACAGUGAAAAACAAGUGUCUAUCCAUUCAGGCAACAGUUCAGGUGAAGUUCAGGUGCUCAAAUCCAGUGUUAGACAGGCCCCAGCUACCCAACAGCCUCAAGGUGCACUGGAUGAACAUUCUCAUUUGGAUUUUGCAAGAGAAUACUGCCCACCAGAGAAGAAGACAGAAACUAAGACUGAACACAUUUUACCCAAUGGGAGUCAAUCCCAGGAAGAGGUGUUGAAAUCUGGACAACAGUGCCCUAUUCCUGGCAACGCACAAACUUUGCUACUUAGUAAAACACCAUUAGAGCCCAAGCUUCUAGAUGAACGAUCACUUUUGGUUUGCAUUGUUCGGGCAAUUCCUGCUGGAUCAGAUGGCAAAAUCAGAAUCAGUACAACACUUCCAAAUAGGCUUGGUAAAAUGCUGUCCCCCCUACAUUGGCAUGACUACAAGAAACAAUAUGGAAAGCUUGAUGAUUUUGUUGCUCGUCACCCUGAAUUAUUUGUUAUUGAAGGGGAUUUUAUUCACUUACGUGGAGGAGCACAACAAAUCAUAUCUGCAACAGCAGCUGUUGCCAAAGUUGCUGCUGCUGCUUCUGCUUCUGCUUCUUCUGCUCCUUAUACAUCUUUACUACCUUCCGUUGCUGUCACGCCAGUGGCUCAAGUCAAUCGCCAAAAAAUGUCACAAUCAGUUGAAUCAAAAGCUGUGAGCUCUGUGCCUUAUGCAGAUGACACUGCAGUGGGUAAUGCAGGAACCCAAUGUGACAGCUGCACCCACAUUUCAACAAGACAAGAUGUCCAUCCAAAUGAUGUCAGAUCAAAUAUUGUUCAAGGACUGUCAGACUUAAGUAUUUUUAAUAAAUUAAAAAAUGUGCAAGAGGUUAGUGGCUUACCAUCUGAAAUCAAACUUGGAAAUUCAUCAGUGGACUCUGCAGUUAGAAAUACAUCAAACCAUGAUAGCAACAUUUUGCAAAACAAAGGGAUGGGCAAUGGAAGACGUAGCUUCGGAGGGAAGCAGCAGGGGAGGUUCUCUGGUUCUGGCUUGAAUUCCCGGCCAUAGUAAGCGUAGCUUGUCAUCAUUUUCUUCUUCAGGAGGAUGAUGAUCUACUGAUCAGUGGUUAGUUGCUGUGGAACAGAAGCUUGAUGGCCCGUUCCAAACCCCUACGCUUUUCCCUACAUGCUGAAUUUUUGUUCUGAGUUUGUGCCCAGAUUCAUGAUUGGAACUGAUACGCAAAGGAGGAAAAAGGAGAAAAAUUAUGCAACUAUUAGUAUUUAAUUCUUGGAGAGCUUGAUAGAUUGGUUACAUGUUAUUAGCACCUGGUCUCGGUUUCAAUUCACUUCACAAUUUAUUUACCUUCUUUUUAAGUGAAUUAUAGUCAACUUGUUUAAUUGCAAUUUUAUAUGGUCCUUGCCAUUUCAUAA